UAUUUUGAGUUGUCUCUCUCACCGCAACGCAAUCUACUCCUCACCUUUGCGUGUUUUAGUUUAAAUACGGAUCCGGACUCCGACGGCGGAUUACAUUUGCCGGUGAGAUCUAGAAGAUGGCGGAUGAGAAGUAUAACCGAAAGAAUCCGGCGGUGAAGAGGAUUCUGCAGGAGGUUAAGGAGAUGCAAGCUAAUCCAUCUGAUGAUUUCAUGUCUCUCCCCCUUGAGGAGAACAUCUUUGAGUGGCAAUUCGCCAUCAGGGGACCUGCUGACACUGAAUUUGAAGGCGGGAUUUAUCAUGGGAGGAUUCAGCUGCCUGCAGAUUACCCUUUCAAACCUCCUUCCUUCAUGCUAUUGACUCCUAACGGUCGGUUUGAAACCAAUACGAAGAUUUGCUUGAGCAUUUCGAAUUACCAUCCCGAGCACUGGCAACCUUCUUGGAGUGUUCGCACUGCGUUGGUGGCUCUCAUUGCCUUCAUGCCUACUAGCCCCAACGGAGCACUGGGCUCAGUAGAGUAUCCAAAAGAAGAGAGGCGUACGCUAGCCAUUAAAUCACGUGAGGCACCACCCAAGUAUGGCUCUCCUGAACGUCAGAAAGUUAUAGAUGAGAUUCAUCACUACAUCCUUAGCAAAGCGACCGUGGUUUCAAAACCUCUUCCUCUGGCAUGUAACCAAACUGCUUCCACUGAAUCGGUAGCUCAUUCCCAAACUGAGCCACAGGAAGCUAUAACAGUAGUGGAAGAACCAUCCAUCGUCACAGUAGACACCAUAGCUGAUGAUCAAAUUAUCGAAGAAGCAGCUGAAGCAGUCCCCACAACAGCUAAUGUCAGUCCCACAGCAGGAGGGUUAGCGACAGUUGAGGUUGCGGCAAAAGCUUCUGGAAGUGGUGAGCAAACAAUGAUCAGAAGAGCGGCUCAGAAGCCGGUGGACGACAGGCUGUUCACGUUGGCUGCGGUUGGGCUCACAAUCGCAAUCAUGGUUCUUCUCCUGAAGAAGUUCAUAAGGUCAAGUGGUUAUGGUACUGGCUUUAUGGACGAGUCUUGAACAUCGUCCAUGCAAAGCCAAACCAGACGGUAAAAAAAGUCAAGGCUGAUCGAUGAAUGAAAUGUGUGAAAAGUCGAUGCUGCUUAUGGCGUUUGUUGGUCGUUUGGUAUAUGAAUAUGAUUAAAGUGCAUAUAAAAUAGGGUAAAUAAUUAUGUGUGACAUUGUCUUGCAACUUAUUUGGUAUAUUCGAUUAUAGCCUGUGACCAAGUUAGCAACAAUAUUGUAUUUUGGAUUUGAAUA